GGCGGUGGGGCGGGGGCGGGGACUAAGGAUUGUGAGGAGGGGAAUCGCGAGUUUCUGGAUUCUUUAUCCGGUAUUUUAAGUGCCGCGGGGGAACUGUCUUUUCUGCAGUGUUUGGGAGAGGCCGGGACGGGAGAAGCGGCGGCCGCUGUGGCGCGGAGAGUAAGAAAGUUAGUCUGAGUUCUGUGAAAAAUCAGAGAAGAACUAAGGAUAGUAAACAAGGACUUUCCAAUUUGCAUAAUAUUUCCUUCAUGGAUACAUUUUCAUAGCAUUAUUAUGUGAUGUGAGAAGUUUUUUUUUUUUUUUUUUUUUUGAAGUAACAUGGAUUUUAUACUACAGAAUCAAGAGAUUGGCUUUAUAGGAAAAAUUGAAUUAUAAAAAGUGGUACGGGUUUUUAUAGAUAACCAUGACAACAUCCCAUAUGAAUGGGCAUGUUACUGAGGAAUCAGACAACGAAGUAAAAAAUGUUGAUCUUGCAUCACCAGAGGAACAUCAGAAGCACCGAGAGAUGGCUGUUGACUGCCCUGGAGAUUUGGGCACCAGGAUGAUGCCAGUACGUCGAAGUGCACAGUUGGAACGUAUUCGGCAACAACAGGAGGACAUGAGGCGUAGGCGAGAGGAAGAAGGGAAAAAACAGGAACUUGACCUUAAUUCUUCCAUGAGACUUAAGAAACUAGCGCAAAUUCCUCCAAAAACUGGAAUAGAUAACCCUAUAUUUGAUACAGAGGAAGGAAUUAUCUUAGAAAGUCCUCAUUAUGCUGUGAAAAUAUUAGAAGUGGAAGACCUGUUUUCUUCACUUAAACAUAUCCAACAUACUUUGGUAGAUUCUCAGAGCCAGGAGGAUAUUUCACUGCUUUUACAACUUGUACAAAAUAAAGAUUUCCAGAAUGCAUUUAAGAUACACAACGCUGUCACAGUACACAUGAACAAGGCCAGUCCUCCAUUUCCUCUUAUCUCCAAUGCUCAAGAUCUUGCACAAGAGGUACAAACUGUUUUGAAGGCAGUCCACCAGAAGGAAGGACAAGAAUUAACUGCUUUGCUGAAUGCUCCACAUAUUCAGGCACUUUUACUGGCCCAUGAUAAGGUUGCUGAGCGGGAAAUGCAGCUAGAGCCCAUUACAGAUGAGAGAGUUUAUGAAAGCAUUGGCCAGUAUGGAGGAGAAACUGUAAAAAUAGUUCGUAUAGAAAAGGCUCGAGAUAUUCCAUUGGGUGCUACAGUUCGUAAUGAAAUGGAUUCUGUCAUCAUUAGUCGGAUAGUAAAAGGAGGUGCUGCAGAAAAAAGUGGUCUGUUACAUGAAGGGGAUGAAGUUCUGGAGAUCAAUGGCAUUGAAAUUCGGGGGAAAGAUGUCAAUGAGGUUUUUGACUUGUUGUCUGAUAUGCAUGGUACUUUGACAUUUGUUCUGAUUCCCAGUCAACAGAUCAAGCCUCCUCCUGCUAAGGAAACAGUAAUCCAUGUAAAGGCUCAUUUUGACUAUGACCCCUCAGAUGACCCUUAUGUUCCAUGUCGAGAGUUAGGUCUGUCUUUUCAAAAAGGGGAUAUACUUCAUGUAAUCAGUCAAGAAGAUCCAAAUUGGUGGCAGGCCUACAGGGAAGGGGAUGAAGAUAAUCAGCCUCUAGCUGGGCUUGUUCCAGGGAAAAGCUUUCAGCAGCAAAGGGAAGCCAUGAAGCAAACCAUAGAAGAAGAUAAGGAGCCAGAAAAAUCAGGAAAACUAUGGUGUGCAAAGAAGAAUAAAAAGAAGAGGAAAAAGGUUUUAUAUAAUGCCAAUAAAAAUGAUGAUUAUGACAAUGAAGAGAUCUUAACUUAUGAGGAAAUGUCACUUUAUCAUCAGCCAGCAAAUAGGAAAAGACCUAUCAUUUUGAUUGGUCCACAGAACUGUGGCCAGAAUGAAUUGCGUCAGAGACUCAUGAACAAAGAGAAAGACCGCUUUGCAUCUGCAGUUCCUCAUACAACUCGGAGUCGGCGAGACCAUGAAGUAGCCGGUAGAGAUUACCACUUUGUUUCACGGCAGGCAUUUGAGGCAGACGUAGCAGCUGGGAAGUUCAUUGAGCAUGGUGAAUUUGAGAAAAAUUUGUAUGGAACCAGCAUAGAUUCUGUACGGCAAGUGAUCAACUCGGGCAAAAUAUGUCUUUUAAGUCUUCGUACACAGUCAUUGAAGACUCUCCGAAACUCAGACUUGAAACCAUAUAUUAUCUUCAUUGCACCCCCUUCACAAGAAAGACUUAGGGCAUUAUUGGCCAAAGAGGGCAAGAAUCCAAAGCCUGAAGAGUUGAGAGAAAUCAUUGAGAAGACUAGAGAGAUGGAGCAGAACAAUGGCCACUACUUUGACACAGCAAUUGUGAACUCGGAUCUUGAUAAAGCCUAUCAGGAAUUGCUUAGGUUGAUUAACAAACUUGAUACUGAACCUCAGUGGGUGCCAUCCACUUGGCUGAGGUGAAGGAAACAUCCAUUCUGUGGCAUGAUUGGACUUGAUCUGGCAAACUGCCAAUAGGAAGAUAGCCCUGAUACUUGAGCAAGUCUCUGAGAAGGUGGCAGGCAGUAUAAAUUGUAGACCUGUUCUUAGAUCUUCAACUAGUGAGAAGAAAAUCCCCUUAGGCAAUUCAUUAACAGCAUUCUUUAUUCUCUGUACAUGGCUUUAGAAGUUCUUGCCUCAUUUGGGGAUUUUAAAUGGAAGUUUUCAACAGAGCAGUUCCAUUUUAUCCACAUAAAAACCUUUUAAUUCUGUUUUCACCUAACCAAAUCUUUUCUGCCUAGUCAUAUUUCCAUGAAAAACCUUUGUGUAUAUACACAAAGGUCCAUGUCUCACAUAGUAAUAAAUAUUGAUGUUAUUUAACAGUUAAGUGACUUCAUGGGAUUUGUGGGUGAAGGGAAACUGUGCUUCUGUGCACUGGGCAAGACAACAGUAUUUGGUUAGUCACCAGGACUACUUUUAAAAAAAUGGUGCCACUUUGGUCUGGAGCUACUCUGUUAGGCUUGAAUUCAUUUGUAUGUCUUUUAAUUCAUAAAAACAUUCCGUUAGAAGCACCAAUUUUUUAGCUCAAACUUGUGGAUCAGACUUCACUGCACACGUGAAAGGUUUAUGCAAAGGUCACACCUGUUUUAGACUCAUCUAAAACAUAUACAACAUAUGCUCAUCUUUUUAAAGGUAUAAUGAUUUUCUGAAUUUUUUUCUUUAAUCGUUGCAACUGACUGGGUAACUUUUACUUCCUCUUCCUCAUCUGCAUAGUACAAUAGAAUGUAUAAGUCACAUUUUUAUGAAUGGCAGAUAUUCAUAUAAACUGUUGACUGUUAAGUUUCUUUCUCAUGAUGCAAAGUUUUUUACAUGCAUAAAAGGACAUAGCACAUUUGACAGUUUUUUCAUUUUUAUAUAUGAGCACAGUAUAAUUUGAUGGCUGUGCUACAUAUGUAGGUAAUAAACUGGAAUUCUGUGAUCAAUAUAGUUGCUGUACUGUAUACUAAUAUUUAAUAGUUUGGACAAAUGGUCAUUGAUUACACUUGUUCAGCAUUGAAAUAAAAUUAUAUGAGGGAAAUGAUAUGACAAUUGACUUUGAGAUCAGAAGGAAAAGAUGACCUGAAAGUCAUUUGAACAUUUUAGGAAAAGAACAUUGCAGGGGAAAAGUUAAGCAUAUAGAAAUAGGUUUUUAUCCUGAUAAGGUCUGCCUCUUAUGAGCAGAAUGCAACAAGCUAAAUUAUAAAACAUUUAAGCUAAUGAAACUUUCAUACUGUCUAUAGCUUGUAGCUUUAAAAUUCAACUUCUGUAAUUGGCAUGGAAAGUUAAUUUGUAGUUUUCAAGGUUUAAGGGAUGGUGUGAUGUGUGACAAACAACCUCAAAUGUGAAUGUCUUGAUUUUAUUUAUAUGGUGACUUUAGCUACAAUUCCUGUUCCCAAAGCUAAACACUGGAAUAAUACUGAAUUGUCACUUAAUUUAACAUAAGCAACUGUUUUUAAUGAGUAGUUUGUCUGUGUCAUGUACAUACUUGAGUUUUUCUCCUUUGCAUAAUAUUAUUUGAACAAAUUGUAGACAGUUUAUAUGCUGCCUUUUUCUGUUGAAAUUCACAUGGCCUCAAAGUUGGCUGUGGAAUAUAUCUUGUGUGGAAAUACUUUCAAGAUAAUGUUCCUUAGGAAGAAAGUAACAUUCCUAGGUUGAGGGAAGGAAUGCCAUACAUACUAUCUCUUCAGGUCUGAAACACUCCAGUUUAUGGCAGGAAAAUGCAAAGGUCACAGUGAUUUUCAGCACUGAAAACAAGGCACUGUAAGUACUUAAUCUUUUCAGUUUUCCAAUUUACUUUCUCUUUAGGAAUGAAAGGUAGUCUGUGGUAGACAGUGGAGUUUUGUGAGCUGCUUAUCAUAACUGACAACUAUUUUCAACCCUAAGAUCUAAAAUGUUUGCAGUUUGAGUCAAGUUAGAAUGAGAUUUCAGGUGGUGUCAGUAAGUGGCUGCUGUGCUAGUUCCUGAGUUAACCUGUAGACCACAGGGCCAACACUAGGGCCAUGUGCUAUGCAGACUCAGGCAUGGCUUUAACAAGCAAGUCCAAGUCCCCUACCGAGGCACAUGCUAUGCCAUAGUAUACUUCUUAAAAAUCUAAGCUGAUGAGGUAUUUUGGGGAUCAGUUAAGUCCUAUAUAAUUUUCUCCUUCCUCAUCAGCAGUGGUAGAGGGAUAGAAAUGUUUAUAUCCCAACUUUCCUCAAUCCUGGUGAUAUGGAUGUGCUGAUAUUCAAUAUAGUCCCUACAAAGUAAAAACUGAGUUGUUGCUGACUUCCUUGAAAGAAAAUGGAAAAAAGCCUUGCUCUCCACCUACUUGUGCUCUACACCGCUCUGGCCAAUUCCAUUUCCUGUCCCUCUGUGGUUCUGAUUGGAGACCCCAGUGUGGGGGGAGGUCUUAACCACUUAUAGGAAUGAUACCAAUCGCUAAUGAAAUGUACAUUAGUUCAAGUAAGGAAAUAAUCUUCCUUUACUAAAUUUCCUUAAGUCAGAACAAACAGAAAGGAGAAUAGUGUUUAGAUUAAUCCAGAUUUGCUUUCUAUGAAAAUCUAAUGUCUGGAUUUUUUUUUUCCCUUUUCUCAUGGCCUAAGGAAUAAUUUGAAUGUAAUUCUGUGAAUGUGUGUGGAAAAUUUAAACCAGGGAUUUAGCCUUAAUAAAGGUAACCUUUCUGACAUCUAUUGUUAAUCCUCCUUUGUACUCUUAUCCUGCCUGUAUCUGCACUCUGUUGUUUUGAGAUGUAAACACUGCACAUUGUUGUAAAAAUAAAAAGUAAAAUUAUAUGUCAAAUUUUAAAAGUCACUGAAUACUUUCUCUUGCUGUGUUUAUAUCCUCUGCCAUUCAAGGUUUCAACACAUCCAAAAUGACCCACCCUUGUUUUCAAGUUUUGCCAGAAUCAAGUCCAUUGGAACCUCUGGGUGAAACACAAAUAUGUUUUUAUUUAUUCUUCACAGUUGGGGAGUGCCCCCUACUGGCACAAAUGUAGGUUCUGUUUCCUUAAUUGUUUGUUUAAACUGUAUUAAAGAUAGACAACUUAAAGCUGUGAACUCUGGAACUAGUUUU